CUCUCCUCGGCUGGACUCCUCGGUAAACACAGCAGCAGCAGAACCAGCCAGCGGCUCCUCCGGUCUGCACCCGUCCUCUGGCUCCACCACCGGCUGUCGUUAGUGUCAGUGUGCAGAGGAAGGAGGAGGAGGCCGGUCUUCUUGUUUUGUUAUUUUAAAAAUAUAUAUAUUAAAAGAAUGAAUCGUCGUCAUCAUCCUCAUCGUGGCUGUAGCUUCGGUUUUUCCUUUUUUUUACAAGCGACCCUGGAGACCGUAAUGUGAGAUCGAGACGCCUCUUAGUCAUCUGAAUGAGAGUCACAAAUGGGGUUGGGUGGCCAUGGACCCAUUCAGCCAGCUCAUCCUCACCAUCUCGGUGACCAGCUUCUUUACCUUCCAGUGGCUCUUCCACAGAGUCAGCCCCUGGAUGUCCCUGCACAUCAGCACAGGCUUCUCGGGCCUCAGUGACAAGCAGAAGGUGGAGUGGAACUCAAGGACAGUGUCCACCUUCCAUGCACUUUUGGUGGGAAUAUUUUGUCUCUGCAUCUUGUUCUUUGACGAUGCCGUCAAUGAAGACCCAGUAUGGGGAGAUCCUACACUGGUGAAGACUAAUGUUGCAAUCACAACAGGCUACCUCAUAUCUGAUCUGCUGCUUAUAUUUUACUAUUGGAAGGCRAUAGGGGACAAGUUUUUUGUAGUUCACCAUCUGGCAGCACUGUAUGCUUACUACUAUGUACUGGGCCAAGGAAUGUUGCCUUAUUUUGCUAACUUCCGUCUGCUCGCUGAGUUUUCUACACCAUGUGUGAACCAGCGUUGGUUCUUUGAAGUCCUAGGAUAUCCCAAGUCAUCCCGGCCCAAUAUGGCAAAUGGCGUCGCCAUGGCAUUAGUCUUUUUUAUGGUCCGCAUCGCCGUCAUGCCGGUGUACUACAGUCGUAUGUAUGCAGUUUACGGCACCAAGGCGUUCUACCUGGUGCCCUGGGGAGGCCGCGUGGCCUGGAUCUGCUCCAGUAUCUGCCUGGACAUCAUGAACAUCAUGUGGAUGCACAAGAUCGCGCGGGGUUGCUACAAGGUCCUGCGAUCUGCACGCCGGAGCAAAACUGCAACGCCUCAGGAGAACGGGAAGACGGAUUAAGGGAAUCGGGGUGGCAGUGGUGUAAAAAAAUGUCACGAGAGACAAAGUGACACUGCUCUCAGUUGUAUGAAUCAGGUUGCUACGAUGGCAGCGAACCUACAUGUACGACUUCACCCUGCAAGAUCGAAUGUAACAAAGAAAAGUUGUCACUUUUCUUCUGGGAAGGCAGACGGUCCCUUAAAUGUACUGAUGGACCAGUAAGCCGGCCAUCCCUAAGCCAUGAUAAGACUUCUAAGCAAUACUUUGUGUGCAUGGCCAAUUAUUUUAUUAUUAUUUUAUUUUUUUACCAUUAACAAUUUGCAAUGACUAAAGAAAAGAGGCCAUCUUGGAACAAAAGAACUGCCAGUUCAACCAGAAACUUGUCAAAAAUGUUUACUGUUACUUACAAAGUUCUGCUGUUUAACAGGGGACUCUGUUUUAUUUGUUUUUGUUUUAUUGAGCUGCACAUUUAUAAGGGUAAAAUACAAAUGUAUGUUCCUGAAGAGGCAAAGCUGUAAGGGAAGCCUAAAAUUUUUUAUUGGCUCUGUGUCACACAGAAGAACAAGGAGGAAUUUUAACACUCAUCCACUGACAUUUAAUGAAUUUAAACGYUUAUAUUUUUAGAAUUUCUUAAUUUUCAGUUGCCUUUAUAUAAGUUUAUUGAAUGGGCAUCAGUACUCUGUGUUUAGUUUUUUUUUUUUUUGUCUUGCUGGGAUCAAGGCAAAUGGGUUUUAAAACAUCAUUACAACACCAAUUCCAAAAAUGUUAAGAUGUUGUUGUAUCUUAUCUUAUAAAACCCAUAUUUUAUUAAAAAUGGAGCUUAGUAAAUAUAAAAAAGUAUUGAAAUUAAUACCAUUAAAAAUAAUUUUGAGUUUUAUAGCAGCAAAACUAAUCUCAAGUUGUUAGUUGCAAAUUUCUCCAAAUUUCUUGUGUUUUUAGAUGUGUUGCUGUCUUAAAAUUCAAAACGACCUAACAUACUUUUCCCUACAAAAAGUUAUUUUUUAGUUUAUGAUAAAAUUUUUGCCACGAACUAUUGUGAAUAAAAUAUGGGUUUAUGAGAUUUGCAAAUCAUUGUAAUCUGUUUUAAUUUACAUUUUAAGUAUCUUUUUAACUUUUUCAGAAUUGGAGUUGUAAAUCUUUCUUUACAAUUUUUAAAGAAAAAAAAACAAAGGGCACUUUUAGAAAUUUUAAAAGGGAAACGCCAAACCAAUGGCCAGGUUUGCACACCAACAACAACAAAUUCACAGUUCAGAAUUGAAAUGUUGAGACUAAAUGAUCUGUUAAACAUAAUGAUUUGGAUCAACAUUUUAUUUUAAACCAAAAAGAGGGAAGAAACAUAUAUAGAAAGUAAGAAAAUCAUAUUUUAAAUGAUAUUUUCUACACUUGUUUUGUAUUUAUUUCAUAUUGUGCAGUUGAUGUAUAGGGAUGAAACUGCCAUGAUGAUGAUGAUGAUGAUGAUGAGCUCAGAUUCAGGUGAAACAAUGAAGAAUUAAAAAAAUUCUAAAGUAACAAUUUUUCUAAGGAUUAUGACUUUUUUCACUAUUUAGGAAUUUUGAGAUUUUUUUAUUUCAUCCCCAAGUAUUUCUUUUUUUGAAUAAAAUACAAAAACAGUAUUUAAUGGCGUAUUGUAGGUGCAGGUUGUACAUGUUUAAUAAAUGUGAUAGCUUCUGCCUCAUGAUGUAAAAAUCUUAGCUGCAAAACACAAUUAUGUUCCUUUCCAUUUAUUCUUUCGUGAUUGGACCGGAUAAAAUCAGGACAUUUAAAAAAAAGUUGAGAWAAAUUAAUGUCCUCAUCGUAUUACAUGAUAGGUUUGAUUUUUAGGACAUCAUUUUUAGUUGAAAUGAUUCAAAUUAAAGCCUCUAGCCUAAAAGGACCUUUAAUACUUGAAUUUUUGUUGUAGUUUUUCUUUAUUUUAUGAGCUGUACAACAAGCUUCAGUCAGUUAGUUGGGCAGAAACAUGGAUUGUUUUGAACAUAUGCCUUGCUUUGCUCAGCCUUUGGUUCUGUUGCCUCUGUAGAACAACUAAUGACUGAAUAUUUUCACUCUCCACUCCUCACAGAACCGCAAAGCUUGUUUUUCGUGAUUCACUAGUGUUCUUUCCAAGUCUGAUGCCCAUCUAAUGUGAUUAGUUUUGCCUUUGUGGUUUUCAAAUGGCAGGAUUUUUUUUAAAUACGAUUUUGCUUUGAAUUUUGAACUUUUGAAACUUGUGUUUGCCAGUGUGACUUCAUGGUAAAUACACGGUGUUAACACCUCUGUUUUUAUAUGUGUGUGGUGUUAGUUUUCUCCUGAUACACGUUCUCUCUGCAUGUUGUGACAAGUCACAGGGUGUUCAGGUGCGGUAACAUUUGGCGGUGUGAAACACCGACUUCGGUUAGAUUUGACAACUGGGGUGGGGGGUGUCAUUUUUUUCACGCGAUUAUCUUUAACUCACAUCUUUUAGAAAGGAAGUGUGUGCUGCCUGUUUGCGUUUCACUGGGUUCAAACAGAAAUCAUGCAGUGGUUUCUGGGAUAUAGGCUCCUGCUGGUGGGAUCAAGGUGGUCUCUGCUCAUGUUUUAGCUCCUCUUCAUGCACUUUCUAUAAAUGCAUGUGGUAUUGUUGCAUGGGGUCUGCAUUGUAAACAAAACAGCAUAUACAUAUGUGAGACCAGUUUUUUUUUUUUUUUUUUGUACGUGUAGUUAAUGUUAACUUAAACUUUAUUCUGUGCCACAUGAUGUAAUCCACACAUAACCAGGGAAGUUAACGACAACACACAAAAAAUAAACAGGAAAAUGCAAGGGAAUACUUGAAUACAGAUCAGCACAGCUGAUAACAGUCUGGGCAGUGCAAAUAAACAUUAUUCUCCGACAGGCAUCUUACAAAACGUGUUGUCUUGAAUUUAAUGCUCCAACAGGCUGAUUUUAAACAAAGGAAACCGAAAACUCCUAAACCGUUUUGGUUCUGUUUGACUAAAGUAGCAGUCGACACUUUUGUGACAUUCUAUGAAUGUAUUGAAAAUAGGAAUUUGUCUGUUUCAUUUUGAUUUCUUCUUGACAAUAAACACCAAAUUAUUUCC